CAAGACUUCUUUCAUCCUGCCAUGAUGUUAUUCUUGAUCUGAAUAUAUGUUCAGUCGAAUUUCUCCAGCUUAUCGUGGCUUUUCCAAUAUCAAAUCUACUCCAGCAAAACUCGCAGCCUUAAAGAAAGUAGGUCCUGGACCCUCACAGCUACAUCAGGACCUAAUAUCGGCUUUUUUCGCUGUUGCCUGAUCGCUAGGUUCGAUGUCUGCAAGAAAUAACCCGAGAGUAUGCUUCGACUUUGCAAGAGGGAAAUGCACUCGCGGUAGUCGCUGCCACUUCAGCCACGAUCCCAAUCUACCAUGUCCCUAUUACCCAACUUCGAGAGGAUGCUCUAGAGGGGGCAGAUGCCCAUUUACACACCACGAUCGCCGAUCUCCAGACACUUCCCGCACAGCUCAACCAACACCAUCGGUGCCUCGCCAAGAAUCUGAUCUCGAGGCUAGCUGUCGACGGUGGACUUAUAUGAUUCCACGACCGGACUCGCGUCCAUAUCAGAACGCUGCAGUGGACCUCAAAAGGUUCUUCGAAACAGGCUGGGACCUGGUCGAACGAGGCGAUGCUGGAACUCGUCAACAUAUCAUCACAAAAUUGGCCUCUGAAAAUGGACUCGCGAUAAUCAAGGCGUUGGCCGAUUUGAUGACGGAUGGAACAUCAGAUAACGUCACUCUUUCGAUAUUCAAAGACCAAGCAUUACCAUUCUUUCAAAUCAUAGCCUAUGCCGACAUCGUUUCAUCGUUGGUCCUGGAAGCUCCAGUGGACGGUAUCUACAACUUCCUUUUCGGUCCCAGUGGUCGACGUGCUGCGCAAGUGUUCAGAUCCGUGGCCAGAUCUAUUGUGUCCUUGAUUAGCGAUCCUUCAACCGAUGAGGGCAUGUCAGCCAGGGCAAUCUCGACUAGUCUUGCUGUUUUACAACGCCUCAUUGAUGGAUAUCAAACUGCUCAACUCCUCGACGACUUCAAAUCCAUUGUGGAGACGCUCUCUGCUUGUAUGUCAGAUGAUGUCGCCCUGAUUCCUGCGCAGCAGAGCCUUGUUAGGAUCAGAAGACGCUUGAAUAUCGGGAACUCACUACCUGUCAGAACUCAAGCACGAAGCAUGAGAGACGUCCACGAUGUUACCUUUCAGCUAGAUGUCGAUCUUCCUGGCAGAUUAUCGAAGCAUGGCCCAAGACAUGACAAUGACCGGGAGAACAUAUCGGAGAUUCGAAUUCUUCCUACAUCAGCCGAGAUCAUGUCCCAGAGAACAGAAUUCUUACCAUCGAUUCGAGCCCCGUCAACGCAUCUUUCUGGCAUAGCUGGACUUCUGGACAAACAUUUUCGUCUUCUUCGUGAAGAUACAGUCGGCCAAGUACGAGACGCUGUUAAAGUGGAGCUUUCUAGGCUGGAACACCCAAAUCGCACCGAACAGCUAACUCAAGGCAAAAACAUACUCAGGAAUGUCGUCCAUCAGAACCUUCGUAUCCUCGGUCUAGUUGUAGACAAGAAGAAAGGACUUCAAGUACUUGUUGGCUUUGAGCAACCUAAAGUGAUUCGCGGAAAAUCACGAAGAAAUCGAGAAGAAUGGUGGCAGAAUUCGAAGCGACUGCAACCUGAUGCUUUCGUCUGUUUUGUUUCUGCUUCACGACGAAUAAUAUUCUUCUCUGUUGGUGAGGUCCCCACUUCGCAGAACUCCAGGGAGAAAAACAAUUCUGAAGAUGCGAGGAGUGCUGGGAAAGGCCAUGACGAACCGCAGAACACUCCAAGCCUAUCCCAUGACAAUGACGAAGCAACCGUGCUGCUGAGUAUGGUUGAGCAUAAUGCUGACGAUAUUCGAUGGAUUGUCAAUCACAUUGGCGCUCGCCAUAAAUCGCGUCAAUCACUUGUAGAGUUCCCUGGAAUUUUACUCCCGUCCUUUCAACCCACUCUACAUGCUUUGCAGAGGAUGAAUCGUACCUUAGAUGUUCCCUUUGCCGACAUCAUCGCGCCAACCACAGACGUCGCUGACCUAGGCGCCUCUCAGGUACAAGGUAAGCCUCCAGCUUAUGCUCGCCAGCCAGGUUUCAGUUUUAAUCUGGAUUUUCUUGCUGGAGGAAACCCCUUGUCACUGAAUCCUGGAUCUGGAGAAAGAUUUGACUUCGAAGUUUUCGACAAGUACACGACCCUGGAUGAUGCACAGCAAGAGGCAGUAAUACAUGCCUUGAGAACACCGCUUGCUGCUAUACAAGGUCCACCUGGUACAGGCAAGAGUUACACUGGAGUCUCCAUCAUCAAAGCUCUUCUGAACAAUCGUGCUGCAGCGAAGUUGGGGCCAGUAGUUUGUGUUUGUUAUACAAAUCAUGCUCUUGAUCAACUGCUAGAACAUCUCUGGAAUGAUGGAAUCAGGCAAAUCAUACGCCUCGGCUCUCGUUCCAAGUCGGAAAUUCUGCAGAAGCUAAAUCUCCACGUCGUUUCCAAGGAUGUUGACCCUACCAAACAGGAAAAGCACGACAAAUGGCAGUAUAACCAACAAAUCGCAACGCUCGUAGAGGACAUUCGAGUGAUUCUCGCCGGACUGAAUGAGCCAUCUUCUUGGAAGAACGUUCGAGACUAUCUCCAACUGCGUCAUCAACGACACUUCAAUGAUUUGUUCAAAGGAGGGAUUGAUGAAGAUGGCUUUACGGAAGUGAAGCAGGGCAAGAAGAUUCGAGCUGUCGAGAGUUGGCUGAAACAGGCACCGAAGAAGAUCACCUCAAACCGGCCAAUAGCAGAGCUCCAACAAGUCUCUUUGAGCGAGACAUCAUCGCUUGAGCGAAGCGCACUUCAUAAGCAUUGGUUGGAGAUGCACUCGAACGAGCUUCUUCAACGCCUCCUCGGCUCUCUCGAUGAGCUGUAUGAUGCUAAGUCCAAGCUGGACAAGUGCCAUCAAGAGCUCGACCUUCGUUGUCUCCGGCAAGCGAACAUCAUCGGUGUCACAACAUCAGGGCUGGCAAAGACGAUCGAUGUGCUUGGAAGAGUUGGAGCAAAGGUGAUCCUGUGCGAAGAAGCAGGAGAAGUUUUGGAAGCCCAUACUCUUACUACAUUCCUGCCUGGAGUGCAACAUGCGAUUCUGAUCGGAGAUCACGAGCAACUGCGACCGCAGAUCAAUAAUUUUGAGCUACAACAUGAUAAUCCGAAAGGACAGAAGUUCUCACUCGAUAUCUCGCUAUUCGAACGCCUCGUCAGCCCUCAACCUGGCCACCCCAAACUUCCCUGCAUCGCCUUGGAAACCCAAAGACGAAUGCAUCCCUCUAUAUCAGACCUGGUUCGGGUUCCGUUAUACCCAAGAUUGAAAGAUCAUCUUUCUGUAUCUGACUACCCAGAAGUCGAUGGCAUGCGAAAGCGCCUCUUCUGGCUCGAUCAUCGCGAGACAGAAGAUCCACGUUCUGCUCAAUCAGUAUCAAUGUCACGUACCAACACAUUCGAAGUCGACAUGGUUGAAGCCCUGGUUGCACAUAUUGUCCGACAAGGGACAUACGGAAACGAAGACAUUGCUGUGCUCACUCCAUAUCUCGGACAACUCCAAAAGAUUAGGAAGCGACUAGCUAGCACAUUUGCACUUGUGGUCGGGGACAGGGACAUUGAAGAGCUCGAAGCCACGGGUAUCGAAGAUCCAGCAGAAAGUGAAAAGCAAUCUCAAACACAGAAGUCGACCCUCCUCAACGCGUUGAGAAUUGCAACUGUCGACAAUUUCCAAGGUGAAGAAGCUAAGGUCAUUGUGAUUUCUCUGGUUCGAAGCAAUGAGGAACGAAAUUGCGGCUUCCUCAAGACCUCAAACCGAAUCAAUGUCUUAUUAUCUCGAGCCCGUCAUGGCAUGUACAUCAUCGGCAACUCAGAUACCGCAAGUCCGGUCACGAUGUGGUCACAAGUAAUCUCGAUGCUUCAAGAGAAUGAUAAUAUUGGCACGAGUCUUGCUUUGUGCUGUGCAAGACAUCAAGAUACCCCCAUCGAAGUGUCAAUUCCCGAUGACUUUGCUCGUCUGGCUCCUGAAGGUGGUUGUGACAAGAGAUGUGCAUCACGAUUGCGUUGCGGACAUGCUUGCCCCAACAUGUGCCAUUCUGAUACACUCCACAACGCCGUUCGUUGUCUCGAACGAUGCCAGAGAGUCAAGGCUGGGUGUGACCAUGCAUGCCCAAGACCCUGCGGAGAUCCAUGUGACGACAAAUGCCAAGUCGUCGUCAAGAACAUUAUCUUACCAUGCGGCCACGUCGCUGAUCGACUGAGAUGUUAUGAAGCACAAGCCCCAGAGAUGGUACAAUGCCAGGUGAGCAUGAAUCAAAUCGUGCCUUACUGCAACCAUCAAGUGAAAGUUUUCUGCCAUCAACUUCCUCUGGAAAUCGACCACGAGUGCAAUGCAAGAUGCGGUGCAAUGCUGCCUUGUGGACACUCUUGCAAUUCUCGCUGCAGUAAAUGCAAUACAAGGAUCGAUGGUCGGAUCGUGGAGAUAGCACAUUCACCAUGCAGCACUCCAUGCGGAAGACCUUACUCGACAUGCAGACACGAAUGCCGAACUCCAUGCCAUGGUGACAGUCCGUGCCUUCUCUGCUCUCAGCCUUGCGAAGUUAGCUGUGCCCAUUCCAAGUGUAGCAAGAAGUGCCACGAGCCUUGCAUUCCAUGUGCUGAAGACUGCACCUGGUCCUGUCCCCACAACGGGAAGUGUAACUUGCCAUGCGCUGUUCCAUGCGAUUUGUUGCCAUGCUCUAAGCGCUGCACAAGUCUUUUGACUUGUGGACACCAAUGUCCGUCCCUCUGCGGAGAGGUGUGUCCAGACUCAAGAUAUUGUCAAAUUUGCGCUGGCCCAUCUAUUAAGACGAUGGUCGUCGACUAUAUCAUGUCGUCUACGUACGAGGAGACUGAUUUAGACGAGAACCCUUGUAUCGUCCCUUCUUGUGGUCACAUCUUGACCCUGGAAAGCAUGGAUGGUCACAUGAGCAUGUCAGAUUUCUAUACUUCUGAUGAGGCAGGGUCUAUCAUCGGACUGACCAAAAAUUCUGAGCCAUUCUCCGCAUCUUCACUGAAGAAUUGUCCACAAUGUCGUGGCCCAUUGCGCAACAUCAAUCGCUACAGUCGAAUUGUCCGACGAGCACUGAUGGACGAAUCAACGAAGAAAUUUAUUGUAUGGGCCAAUGCAGGCUUUAUUCCACUUGUGACGAAAAUGAAGCAUAUCGAGGAAGAGCUGCGAGAGACUGCCGACAUUCCUGCUGCCACCACGACAAAUAUGUCCGAGUCGAUUGAGCUAAACAAAAGCCGAGAUAUGCAGUUCACGCGGAUCGGGCUUCUUGUGAGAGGAAUGAAAAAAUUCAAAUCAGUUCUACCUCUUCGACGAGACAUCAAGCAGUUCCUCAAGCAGGUGGGAGAGACGGAACAACCCUUUGGUCGAGUACGGGAUCUUGUGCUAGAUGCCCGUAGACAUCGAGGUGUUGAUGUCGAUGAUGCUGUGGCGCUCUCAGGUGCUGAUAUUCUGCAAACUCGGAACCGACUUUUGACCACAGUCCUGCUCAUCCGAUGUGACUACGCAAUCCUUGCCAAGUUUCUUGAGACCUACAAGAAAAACAUCACCAACUCAACUGCCUUGCCUCGUACGAUAAAGCUUGACUUGAGCGAAAACAGGAAAGACUGCGAAGCUCUGAUCAAGGAGUCAGAAGCAAGAAGUCAGCCAGGAAUCGUGGUCGACGGUCAUGUCUACUGGGCUCGCUUCUUAGCACUCGAACGUAGUCUAUCAGAAUCGUCUGAAAAGCUCACAGCCUUACGAGAGACUGCAAAAGAUCAUCUCCAACGAGCUAAGCACGUCUGUGCUGCUCAUCCUGGUCAGACCGCAGGCAUGAUGGAGGAGAUUACGGAAGUAGAGAAGAUGCUCCGUGACUCGACUUUCUACAUGCCAGUGACGAACGAGGAGAAAGCUGCUGUGUAUGCAGCUAUGGCGAGCGAUUUUCGAGGGACUGGCCAUUGGUACUACUGCGUUAACAAUCAUCCUUUCACGGUGGGCGAAUGCGGUAUGCCCAUGCAGACUUCGACGUGUCCGCAGUGUGGUGAGCCUGUUGGCGGGACGAAUCAUACUGCCGUUGAUGGCGUUAGGCCAGCCGCUGAUCUGGAGAGAGAAUUUGGGAAUUUGAGAGUUCGAUGAUUCAUAUUUGUUCAGGGAUAAAUUGCAAGAAGCGGGAGUUUAUUUUUUGUUUGACGAGUUAUAUUGU